AUGUUAACUGGCGCACAAGAUCCUGAUGAACGAAAAGUGAUUCGAAUAAGACUAUUAGAAGUGAAAAAAGCGAAUAGUGAAAAACGAGAGAAAGAACGUCGUCAGCGUGAACAACGAAUUGAGAAUGGUGUUCAUGAACGUUUCAAAGCUCGAAAUGAAGAGAAUAUGCAACGUAUGCAAAAGUUCGAAGAAACGGCCAAAAGCUAUGGAACAAAGAUAGAAUCAGCAAUCGAUAAAUCGAAAGAAAAAGCUUUACAAGAAAAGAAAGUCUUUAUCGAAAAGGAACGACAAGCAGAGCUAGCUCGCAUUGAUCAAGCCGCAAAAUCGCACAUAUCUGCGAAUAUUGGUGAAAGUCGGGGAGAUUAUUUAACAAAACUUCGUCAAGAAUGGAUGUUGCAAGAUAAACAUAUCGACGCUAAAAAUUUAAAAGAGUUAUCGAGGUUUACGGCUAACUCGGGUAUGAACAAGUGGUAACUUUUGAAUUUGUCUGCAAUAGUUCUCUUUUUCCAGGAAGUAAAUGAUUUAUUGUUAUCAAAACACUACGAUUAUAAUUUAUCUGUCAUGUCAAUGCAACAAAACAUUGUUUUAUUUAUCUGUGUAACGAAAAACAUUCAAUACUAUCAAUGACAGAAUAGUGAUCUAUUAUGUGCAUAUGUUCUAAUACUGAGUGGUGUUUUCUAUUCAGUAAGCUUGAAAGUUAUUUUAUUGUCAUGCAAUGACUCUAUUUAUUUAUUCAAGUUUACAUCUCUAAAAUUCAAUAAAAGAAGGUGGUAGAAAAUUAAAUUUGUUCGAUUCGACAGAGUUGUUUGGUAUAGACAUACAGUUUGAUAUUGAACUCCAUAGUAGGCAUGGAUUUCUCAAAUUUUCUUAUCGAUAGUUGACCUGUAUGCAUUGUCUAUGCUGACAUGGAAUAGAGAGAAACGAAAGAGAAAAAUUCUUUCCGAUGGUUAACGCGGGAGAUGGGAGCAGAUGAGAGUGAAUUCCUGUUUCCUGUAUAUGCCACAGAGUAUGCAAUACGUUGUUUGGGAAUCCUAGUUGAAGUGCAAACAAAUGUAAAGCACAACAGUUACGAUUACUGUCAAAAGUUGUAACAGUUAAACUGUAAUUGCAUCUUGCACAAUCCGAAACAUUAUGAGCAGACAUAAGCUUUGAAAGGGUCGAAUCCACAACGAGCGUCUAUAUUUGCAUUUUGACGUAUACACAUAUGAUCGAAAUGAGUUUUAGAGACGGACAGUAUGGAGAUAUGAAAUGUUGACAUCGAAAUAUCCAUGUGAAAAUUGCGCUCACAAAAUUCUGGCAUUUACGCGACAGAAAAAGAAAAGAUUUUAUGGACGACAAAAGAAAGGCCAAAGGGCACGAAAUGGAAAUAAUGACAACACCGUGUCCAAAAUGUUCAGUUGUUAUUUAUCUGUUCAUGUUUUCCUACGCUCUUCUUCCUGUUGAAGGAUUUUAAAUAUCUCAUUCAAUUUUCACGAUUCACAUCUUUUUCGUAGAUCAUUCCGACGUUCGUGAGUCUCACAACAUACUGGUGCUUUCUGGACAAUAAAGUCAUUUUGCAAUGAUAUUAUGCUAUUAGUGAAAUGAGCCUGACAGGGACUGUGAUUAGGGCAAAACUACUCUAGUUUUUCAGACCGUAGCCAAACUCAUCACUGAACUGCUGACCAUGAAUUCUUGUAUUAUCAUUGUUUUUCAGAAGAAAUUCUUCUACUUUUUAUGCACAUCUAAGAUAUCGGCAUUAUAUGUGCUAAAGUGACGUUUACUUUCCAACUGUAGAUCUUAAUUGGCUCUAUAGGAGAAUUUACUUGUAGCACCUUGUUGAAAGUAAAAUAAUUUUUCGAAGAAGCCAGCAGCUGUCAGUAAUAAAACUAUGUUUGAUUGCGGCACGAUGUUUAGUAAUGCUUCAAAAAUAGUGUUUUUAGCUGCAUUCUAUAUUUACCAAUGAAGAUGAAAUUAAAGUUAAAUCUUAUGUGAACUGAAAAUUAUCGACCGUGUGGAUAUGUAAAUGAAAAGAAACAUAAUACAUACAGCAAAUAGAAUACAGCAUUGAUAGUCAAAAUGAAUAUGGAAAGCUCUAAAUAAGUUGAUACUUUUAAAUUAAAAACAAAUAUGCUGGUUCACGUCCGAUUCUCUCUAUUGGUGUAUAAAGAUUCAAGGAUCAAUAUUGGUUUUAUGUUUAACUGUUUUGAUGGCACGACGAUUAUAUUUAUAUGCACAUGCAGUGAAUAUAUAACUUUAACGUUAAGUUUGCGCCGUCUUAUAGGGCAGCUCCUCAUUUGAAGUGUCUAACAUUAUCAUCUAAAAGAAGGCAAAAUAUUUGUCUCUGUGAUAUUUGUCGCUGUACAAUACCUAGUUCGACGCAGUUUUAUUCGUAGAUCAUGAAUAUACUAUUGAUUGUUAAUUUUGAACUGAAAAAUAAACAAAAACAAUAUUUUUGUCCUAUAAUGAAUAGUGAAAAGCGUAUUUCAAAAGUAAAUAGGAACGAAGUGGAUCUUGCGAACUAUUUUUUGUGCUUAGAAUGACAUAAAUUGAAAGCUCAUGAUCAGGAGAUGUCUACCCUAGUCGAGACUCCCGGCAAAACUCCAACGGGAGUCCCAAGUUUAUGAAAAACUCCAGCAGGAAUCGUAAGGAGUCCUGAUGACUCUCGCAGGAACUUUCUAGAGUGAAAAGUCCAACAUGGAG